CUUCAAUUGAGAGGGAGCAAUAUCUUAAAGUUAUAAGAAGCCAUGGUUCGUCGUAGGAGAAAGAAUAUUCUCAUCAUCAAACAGACAUCUAAUACAUUCAAGACAACUACCCUACAUCACAGACUUUACAAUCAAGCGAAACACUUAAUCACACAAUACUCUUUAUUCUCAAUUACACUCAUCAUGGGUCUCAUCGGUCUUGCAAUCUGCGCUAUUAUGAGCGCCACAGACUCCAAACAGCCUCGCUCAACUGGAUGCUGCGGAAGUCGAAAGCAACAAGCCUAUCUCGUCCAACAACCUCAACUCAUUGGUCCCAACCCCGACUAUAUGGCCAUUAACAGUGGUCGAUCUUCAUGUCACCAACGCAAGACGGAGCGUCGAUAUCAGAAAAAGAUGCAACGUGCUGAACGUAUGCAACUCCGAGCCGAACAGCGAGCAGAGAGGGAUUAUCAACGAGCCGAGAGACGCCAAGCGGGUGUUGCCAUGGUCAAGUCAGGAGCACAGAAGGUUGGCAUGAUUGGUCGCAGCUCAAGUCAGAAUGUUCAUGAGACAAGGGAGUUUCAUGAGGAGCCUAACAAUGGUGUCUUUGAGCUGGAUGCCAUGAACCAACAACAUGUCGAAAAGGACGCACCGCCUGCAUACGACGAUGUGGUGAGGAAGUAACAGUAUGGGAGGGAAUGCUUUAGGAGUUGGAAUUGGAAUAUGAACAUCAUGAUUAGAACGAUAUCCGAUACAUAUAAAAUACGAUAAAUAAACGACUUUUCGCAUUA